GUAAUUUUCUCUGAACUUUAACUAAAACAAGUCCAGCUUGUCUGUCCGCAUUGAUAAAGGUUUACACCACCAACACUGAGAUCACAAAACAGUUUGUAGUUAGAGAGGUGAGGUUGCAGGAACAGAAUCUAGAAUAUAAUCUCUGUAUUCUAUGGUAGUAAGGUUGCAGGAACAGAAUAUAGAAUAUAAUCUCUGUAUUCUAUGGUAGUAAGGUUGCAGGAACAGAAUAUAGAAUCAAAUGACUGCAAAACCAACAAGCCAAGCUUCACUCUCCAAGGAGGACCUGCUUUGUCCUGUGUGUUGUGAGGUAUUUAGGCUUCCCGUCCUGCUGAAAUGUGGCCAUAACUCCUGUAAGGACUGUUUACAGAAGCUGUGGGAAUGGAAGGGAGGCAGGCAAUGCCCCGUGUGUCUGACCACGUCGAGCUCAGAGAGGCCUCCUAUCAACCUGGCCCUAAAGAUAGCAGCCGACAUGUUUACAGAGGAGAGCCCAGAGGAGGAGUGGUGUCGUCUUCACAACGAGAAGCUGAAACUGUUCUGUCACAACGAUGAGGAGCCCAUUUGUGUCGUCUGUCAGCUUUCUAACCAACACAGAGUACAUGUGUGUUGCCCUGUAGAGGAGGCUGCUCUGGAGAAAAAGAUAGAGGUCUCAGCCAAGCUUGAUUCAUUGCAGAAACACCUGAAAAUACUCAACAAGACUAAAGAGGAUUGGGAAGAAACCAAAAAUUACUUAAAGAGCCAGGCGGACCAGACGGAGCGACAGAUGAAGGAGGAGUUUGAGAGGUUCCACCAGUUCUUGAGGGAGGAGGAGAAGAACAGAGUGGCCAAGUUGAGGGAGGAAGAGGAGAACAAAACUCAGGUGAUGUGUAUGAAGUUGGAGUACAUCAAGGAGAGGAUCGCUGCCCUCACAGACACCAUCAGCCAAGUAGAGAAGUCUAUACGAGCGGAUGGUGUGAAGUUUUUACAGGACUACAAGAAGACAAAGAGCAGGACCAAAGGUCCCCUGGGAGAGCCAGAGUGUAUCAGAGGAAUCCUCAUAGACGCUGCCAAACAUCUGCAAUCACUCAAGUUUGGAAUCUGGAAGAAGAUGGCAGACAUUGUCCAAUGGGUCCCCAUAACCCUGGACCCCAACACAGCCCAGCCCAACCUCAGCUUCUCUAAGGAGUUCAGCAUGGUGAGGUACAGCAAAAAGAAGCUCCUGCCAGACAACCCCGAGCGCCUUACUAGCCGCAUCUCUGUCCUGGGAGCGACAGGUUUCACCUCCGGAAGACACAGCUGGACCGUAGAGGUGGGCCAGAGCAGAGACUGGUACAUCGGAGUCGCCCGAGAGUCCAUCAAACGCAAGUCAACCAUCUUCCUCAACCCUGCUGAGGGAUUCUGGGUAAUCGGGUUGUGUAACGGGGAGACGUACUGGGCCCAGACGUCCCCGCGGACGCGCCUGGACGUGAAGAGAGAGAGGAAGCCGUGGAGAAUCACUAUAGAGCUGGACUACGACCGAGGGAAGGUGCUGUUUCUGAACGCAGUAGACUCAACGCUGAUACACAUGUUCAAAGAGAAGUUCACUGAGAGGAUCUUUCCUUAUUUUGCUCCUGGGAUGUAUGAGGAGGGAAACACCUCUAGUCCCCUGACCAUCUGUCCCCUGACUAUAUCUAUAGAGGUACUGGACCAGAUUAUACUACCAUAACACCAUCUAUCCCCUGACCAUCUGUCCCCUGACCAUCUGUCCCCUGACCAUCUGUCCCCUGACUAUAUCUAUAGAGGUACUGGACCAGAUUAUACUACCAUAACACCAUCUAUCCCCUGACCAUCUGUCCCCUGACCAUCUGUCCCCUGACUACCUGUCCCCUGACCUCCUGUCCCCUGACCAUCUGUCCCCUGACUAUAUCUAUAGAGGUACUGGACCAGAUUAUACUACCAUACCACCAUCUAUCCCCUGACCAUCUAUCCCUGACCAUCUGUCCCCUGACUACCUGUCCCCUGACCUCCUGUCCCCUGACCAUCUGUCCCCUGACUAUAUCUAUAGAGGUACUGGACCAGAUUAUACUACCAUAAAACCUCCAGUCCCCUGACCAUCUGUCCCCUCACCAUCUGUCCCCUGACCACCUGUCCCCUCACCAUCUGUCCCCUGACCAUCUGUCCCCUGACCAUCUGUCCCCUGACCAUCUGUCCCCUGACCAUCUGUCCCCUCACCAUCUGUCCCCUGACCAUCUGUCCCCUGACUAUAUCUAUAGAGGUACUGGACCAGAUUAUACUACCAUAAAACCUCCAGUCCCCUGACCAUCUGUCCCCUCACCAUCUGUCCCCUGACCACCUGUCCCCUCACCAUCUGUCCCCUGACCAUCUGUCCCCUGACCAUCUGUCCCCUCACCAUCUGUCCCCUGACUAUCUGUCCCCUGACCAUCUGUCCCCUCACCAUCUGUCCCCUGACCAACCAUUUGUAAUCACCAUCACUAUUCAGUACUCAAGUGUGCAAAAGAUGAAUAGUCAACCAUAUUAUAAUUAUAGCCAUUGAUAAAGGUCAGAGGUCAGAAAAUGUUUAGUAGCAAACCAACUAGUUGAUCUUGUGUAUUUGUGACCAUGCGUGUUUAUAAUAAAUGUUAUAUACUUAUAGAAGAUACCCUUAUAUGGUGUACUUAUAGAAGAUACCCUUAUAUGGUGUACUUAUAGAAGAUACCCUUAUAUGGUGUACUUAUAGAAGAUACCCUUAUAUGGUGUACUUAUAGAAGAUACCCUUAUAUGGUGUACUUAUAGAAGAUACCGACGAACAGGUUGAACUAAUUUAGCAGUAAUCGAUUUAAAUAAAACUAUCUAUUGUAUUUAAAAAGGUCAA